UCUCUGGCCUGCCGGCGGACCAUGUGGAGCGGCAAGAUGGCGGCGCGGUGGAGGGGGGAAGACGGGGAUUUAAGUGCCGGCAACAGCGACUUUCUGGGCAGGAGCACUACCAAUGAGUUGGCCCUGAGCCGAGUAGGAGGCGUGGAGAUGGACACCCAGUCCUGCAUUGAUCACUCAAUCCUGGCCAUUUUUGAAGACUCCGCUGUCUCAUCAGAGUAUAAGAGUGGAGCGGAGGAAGAGAGUGAGACUCUGCUGUCGGCCCUGACAGAGAUGCUGGACAGCGUGGAGGACGACGACGACAGAACUCUGUCUCCCUUUGACACCCUGCCAGACACCAAGCUGCUCGCCCACCCACAGGGAAGGGACUCCUCAGCGGAACAAUCCGUUGCUGACAGACUAAGACCAAGAUCCAAAUCACCAAAUGUAACAUUCACAAUGAAGAUCGACGGAGCCAACAAAGAUCACAGCAAAAUGGAGAGAAACAGUCCUCCUCAGCGGUCCAAACGCAGAAGUAAAAACCUUUUCCUCGGAAACAAGAAAGAGGCGACUGAAAUUGAGGUUUUCACCUCGACUUCUCUCGUCGACCUGGUGAAGCUCAUGCACCCGUACUGCCUGAAGCUGCACGUCGGAGAGGAAGGGGAUGAUGACCUGAGGAGGGGGCACACGUUAUUCUCUCAGGAGGAGGUGUGGAAGUACGAGAGACCCCGAGAAGAGUGCGAUGAAGAGGUAAAUGUUGUGUCUGAUGAUGAGGUAACGGUGAAAGAUACAAAGGAGGAAGAAAAGCGAGCGGAAAGCGGAGCUAAUGACGUCCUUUUGAAGAGUGUGCUGCUGAAUGGAAACUCCGGAGCUCCACCAUCCAGAGAGAAGAAAAGGGUAAGCUUUGGCCCCGUUCAAGUGGCGCCAUUCGAAUCAACAGAAAAGGGAUUGAACAAGAUAAAUGUAACAACUGGACACAGGAGCGAAGCUGCGUCGGUUCCACCGAUCAGCAUCAAAGUGCAUGAAGGUCCAGCUGACUCAGCACUUGAACCCCGAACACUGUUCUCAGAAACGAGCAGCGACCCGGUGGCAGUCCUGUCUCUUAAAGGGGGAACCAAGGCCAAAUCCCUCAGCCUCCAACAGUACAGACAGCUGCGCCAAAAGAGAAACCCUCUGGUGGAGAAACAGGGGAACUACACCACCAUGUGGCCCUGCGUUUCUGAGCCCCCGAAGGAGCUGACCCCCAUCCUCUGUUUACAGGGAACAAACGGCUGCGGAUCAAAGGCAGCACACUGUCCCCCCGACGGUGGAAGUUGUGCUGAUCAGCCUCUUAUAUCUCAAACUCCAGGUCACGUGACCCGAAGCGUCCCUGCUGCGCCCGGAAGGCGCCCACCUGACCCUGAAUCGUCCACUCAUCUGCGGCGCCGAGGACUGAAGCGCCCAUCUGCCGGUCUGCAGCCAGACGUCACGGCUAACCCAAAUGAGACCGUGCCUGAAAGCAAGAGAAGUCCACUAAAGAAACCAUCGCUGCUCAGUAGUGAUCCCCCGAAUCCCGUCCUCCUCCCCCUUUCAGUUAGCAGAACAACAUCGCCAACUGACCCCUCCCCCUCAAAGUCCAAAGUGAAGUUCCUCAACAGAGACAACCCUGACAGCACCAGACACCUCCCAGGAAUCCAGAAUGAAUCCUCGGGUACAUUUCUUCCCAGACAGUCGUUCUCUUCCGGGCAUCCGCCCAAGGUGUCGUUAGUAAACCAGUGCCGCACCACCCUCUUCCAGGAAAUGAAGAACCGGCUCACUGAGAUAGCUUCAGGUGUCUCCUCCGCACCUGCAGCACUGUGCGCAGCCUCAAAACAAAUCAAUGCUGCCUCAGAGGGCAAGAAGCUGCAGCCUCAAAAAUGCAGUACGAUCCCGACAAAAGAAGAAGAGCCAAAGACUUCCUCCGGUCCAACACUGUGUGCCCCCAUCCCUGCUACCGCAGAUGCUCCCACACCAGCGGACGGGGCAGGGCCGGAUGUUCGCCCACCUGGUUUGCCUUCAGAGGGACCGACAGCCGCUCUGCAGAGCACAGCUACUGACUCUGGGAUUGAAGCACUGGACCUGACCAGUCUGCUGGAGCGGUUUGAGGAAACACAGGCCAAAGAGGAGAGAGUGUGUGAGAAUGAGGCGAAGCCCAAACUCGCUCCUUCACGGUCAAACCUGCAAACAGACGAUUCUCUGGACAGAACUAUCGCUGCGGCAACGCAGCAAACUCCUGCAGAAGCACUUGAACCUUUUAGCACUUCGAAACGCAGCGGGGAUCCAGAGACGCUCGGGUGGCCUCCGCCUCUUCACGUGUUAAAGGGUGCGGAGAUCCCUGAGCCCCUCGGCACAGAAAUCAUCCUCAGCACUCGACCGGAUCUGCCAGCGAGGCGCAGAAACCCUCCGCCCAAGGCCAUCCAGAUAAUCGACCCCCGUCCCCUGCCGUCCAGGAAGUCUCACACAAGCCCCCCCGCUGCCCUCCUCUCUCCUCACGCGUAUUCCUCCGUGUCCUCCGAUCACGAUUACUGCGGGUCGGCGGACCGCCCGCUUACCGGAGCCUCUGCUCCCAACGGCGUGUGUCUAACCUCUGGAGACCUCAGGGGGACAACCAGCGGCUACGGUGCUGCUGCUGAAUGUGAGAAACAGACCGCCAGCAGUGAUGAGGCCGCAGCGCAAGGGCGUCUCUCCGAGCGGCUCCGAACCAGAUCGGAGACGAGCCCGUCCGCAGACAUUGUCCGCUCAGACGACGCUUCUGCUGAGCCGCCCGGCGUUUGUGCCGCUGAAGAUGAGACAGCGCCAUCCGCUCCCCCCACACCUACGCCCAGCCCCCCCUGCAGAAGUAGGGGAAGGAAUCGGUAUCGGCGAAGAUCUCCUUGCUCCGACUCUAGCUCCCCCUCGUCCUCCUCCUCGUCCUCCUGCAGCUCUGCAUCUCCGUCCCCAAAAAGACGAAAGCACCACCACAAGCGCUCAGAGAGCAGCUCGUGCUCGUCGUCGUCUCCCUCUCGCUCCGCUUCCCGUAGCCGACGUCGGCGCUACGGAUGGUCUUACUCCAGAUCGAGGACGAGCAGGUCCAGAUCCAGAUCUUGGUCCCAGACCCGGUCCUCAUCCAGGUCCCGAUCCCCCUCCCCCUUGGUUUGCCGUAGACAAUGGACAGAUGUUUGCAGCAGCAGAGAAUCCAGGAAGCUCAGGAGAGAGCACGAGAUCAGGAUUCAAAAACUUAAAGCCAUAGACGAGCGCAGGGUGGUGUACGUGGGCCGCAUCCGCAGGUCGAUGACGCACAACGAGCUGAGGGAGCGCUUCGCUCAGUUCGGAGACGUGGAGUGUGUGUCGCUUCACUUCAGAGAUAGAGGUGACCACUACGCCUUUGUCACAUUCUACAACAUGGACGACGCUUUUGCGGCUAUCGACAACGGCGGGAAACUACGGAAGCCGGAUGAGCUUCCGUUUGACAUCUGCUUUGGUGGAAGGCGACAAUUCUGUAACACCCACUACGCCGACCUAGACGCAAACAGAGACGCAGAGUCUGCUCCCGCCAAGAGACGCUCGGACGACCUCGACUUUGAUUCGUUGCUGAAACAGGCGCAGAGAGGAUUAAAGAGUUAGCAGAGCAAUAUCCUGUAAGACGGCAAAGACUAAAGCGGGUUUUUUUCCUUAACCUCUGAGCUUGAUGCUUGUACUUAUGUAGCAUAUUCUUUUAUCUUAUAAGUUGACUUUUAUAACGCAUGAAGUUUCUAAUGUGUUGUUAUGUAUGUAUAUGUAGCACUUUUUAUUUGGCAACAAUUUAUCAGUGGAAGAGUUUUGUUCCAAUUCCCAACAUUCAAGUUUUGAAUAUUCGUGUGUGUGUAUGUGUGUGUAUACAUACAUAUAUAUAUAUAUAUAUAUGCUCUUAAAUAAAUAAUUGUGUUUCCAGAUUGACUGUUUAU